GCUGGCUACGGGUAACUCUAACUUUGUUCCUGCUUACCCUGCAGGACACCACCACCACCACCACGGCAAAGCUACUCGAUACAUACAUAUAUACUCGAUUACGACAAGUAAUAAUGCUGCUGCCAAUGCCCAACGGUCCCGCGCCUUUCCGACCAGCAAGAGAUGGAGAAAAACACCCUCACACUCAGACACACAAGCGACAGGCUUUGGCAGCAUGCAGGGCACGCACGCGCGUAAGAGGGAAACGGGGCUGUUCCUCCCCCCGGCCCAACGUGAGACGACAUCUUGUGCGUUUCGUUCCAAAAGCUUUCAUGCGAAACGACGCACGACAGCAGCAGCCAGAAAGCGGGGCGGCGGGGGGAUGGGCCGUGGUAAGUUGACAAGGUCCCUCUGUUCCCCAAGCGCCCGCCUUUUCUUGGCAAAAGAAAGACGUUGGUUUUGCUUUGGCACAGAGCAUCGCCCCCCCCUCCAGCCCCUCUUCCUUUCGGCCAAUUUUUUCAAACACC